CGGGUGGGGGGGGGCUGUGCUUUUCGGUCAGGCCUGCCCCCACCCCCUCCCCGCUGCACACGGGAGCAGCAUACAUUAACUGUCUCCGGGAAGCCGAGCCUGUGCCAGCCGCGAGCUGGGAAGCAGCAGACGGACACCUCGGAGGCAGGCAGGGCGCGCGGGCGGGCGGGCGGCGAUGACAGGGGGCGCAGCCGCAGCCGCGCGCGGGGGAGCCCACCGCUAAGCCCGCACCCCGCAGCCCUGCACACACGAAAGAGCUUCGGAGGGGCGCUGGCCACGUCGCCCUGGGUGACCUUCCUCGGAUGCAAAACCCGCCCCUGCCAGCAGCCUCUCCCUCCGAUGCGCUGCAGGCCUGGGGAGCCUGAGGGAUGCCCGGCCGCACCCGGGCAGGACUCGCCUUUGUCUGCCAGUGAGGAGGAGAGGCUGUCUCAGCAGCAGAGGGCUCAUCCCUGCUUCAAGCCGGCGCCUCUUCCCAGCUCCCAUGGGGACCACCGAAGCCACACUCCGGAUGGAAAACGUGGACGUGAAGGAGGAAUGGCAGGACGAAGAUCUUCCCAGGCUGCUCCCAGAAGAGACCGGGGUGGAACUGCUUGGCAGCCCAGUGGGAGACACAUCCUCACCUCCCAGCACUCUAAACUUCAGCGGAGCGCAUCGUAAGAAGAAGACGCUGGUGGCGCCGGAGAUCAACAUUUCCCUGGAUCAGAGCGAGGGGUCCCUGCUGUCCGAUGACUUCUUGGACACCCCCGAUGACCUGGAUAUUAACGUGGAUGACAUCGAGACCCCCGAUGAGACCGACUCCCUGGAGUUCCUGGGGAAUGGCAAUGAACUGGAGUGGGAAGAUGACACCCCCGUGGCCACCGCCAAGAACAUGCCCGGGGACAGCGCGGAUCUAUUUGGGGACGGCGCGACGGAGGACGGCAGCGCCGCCAACGGGCGCCUGUGGCGGACGGUGAUCAUCGGGGAGCAGGAGCACCGCAUAGACCUGCACAUGAUCCGGCCUUACAUGAAGGUGGUCACCCAUGGAGGGUACUACGGUGAAGGCCUCAACGCCAUCAUCGUCUUCGCGGCCUGCUUCCUCCCGGACAGCGGCCUCCCCGACUACCACUACAUCAUGGAGAACCUCUUCCUGUAUGUCAUCAGCAGCUUGGAGCUCCUGGUAGCCGAGGACUACAUGAUCGUGUACCUGAACGGCGCCACGCCCCGGCGGAGGAUGCCUGGCAUCGGCUGGCUGAAGAAGUGCUACCAGAUGAUUGACCGGAGAUUGCGGAAAAACCUGAAGUCCUUGAUCAUCGUCCACCCCUCGUGGUUCAUUCGGACUGUGCUGGCCAUCUCCCGCCCUUUCAUCAGCGUCAAGUUCAUCAACAAGAUCCAGUACGUGCACAGCUUGGAAGACCUGGAACAGCUCAUCCCCAUGGAACACGUCCAGAUCCCAGACUGCGUCUUGCAAUACGAAGAGGAAAGACUGAAGGCCAGGAGGGAGAGCACAAGGCCCCAGCCGGAGUUCCUGCUGCCCAGGUGUGAAGAGAAGCCAGAGGAGGCCCCAGUGGAAAACAGGUCUGCUCCAGUCACAGAAGAAGAUCAGGAAACAAGCAUGUCCUGAGGUGACAUGAGCGUAACGAAGGACAUGGAAGAAGAUUCCAGAUGCCAGGAAACCGCUGUCAGACGCCCACUGGCCCCAGAUCUCAUCCUGCCUCCUCCUGAGUCCCAAUUCUUCCAAGGGUGCCAGCCCCUCCGUUCAUCUCUGAAACCCAGCGUCCUUUUUCGCUGCUUGAAAACAUUGUAUUUUUUUUUAAUGAUGCAGUAUUUGUGCGUUCCAGAAAAGGGCCCACCUCCGAGCGCCGCAGCUUCCCACACCUAUGAACUCACGGCCAAGAAGAGCAAGAAGUGCAGGGGGUGCCUCCGCUCCUGCUCCCAGCCCCUGCGGUCAGAGCCAGAUACAAGAUUCAAGACCCUUCUCUUGCUUGUCACCUGCUCCAGGGUAGAGCCACAGACACCCACCGCCACCCCAGCUGGGUCUGCGUCCUUUCCUGUGCCUUUCCCCCCAGAACGCGGCCCUGGACCUGGAAACUCAACCCCCAUAGGAGAGUCACGUCCUGGGGUACCACCUGGGCUCCCUCCUGGGCUCCGACCUUAUAUCCAAAAUUCACGUCAGUGGUUUUUCAUUGAACCUGUCUACCCUCGCUCAUAAUGACACCCAGCUCUUUGAGACGCUCAGAGCCCAUUCACAAGAAGGGCCGCUGCCAGCCAUCCUCGUCCUACGAUUGCAAAAUGACGCCCCAGUCAUCUAGAGCAUUCUCAAGCCCCUUUAAUUCAGACGCCAAGCCGCAGGGCAAACCCAGUCAAUACGUCCCACUGAGGAAUGAGACACGCUGACCUUGGCCGGGCACCGUGGCUCACGCUUGUAUUCCCAGCACUGCGGGAGGCCGAGACAGGUGGAUCACGAGGUCAGGAGUUCGAGACCAGCCUGGCCAACAGGGCGAAACCCUGUAUCUACUAAAUAUACAAAAAUUAGCGGGGCGUGGUGGCAGGCGCCUGCAAUCCCAGCUACUCAGCAGGCUGAGGCCGGAGCAUCGCUUGAACCCACGAGGUGGAGGUUGCAGUGAGCUGAUAUAGUGCCAUGGCAUUCCAGCCUGGGCCACAAGAACAAGACUCUUGUCUCAAAAAAAAAAAAAAAAAAAAAGAGAGAGAGAGAGAGACAGAUGCUGACCUCACUGCUUCCCCGACCCAGCAUCGGGCUGGGACACAGCAACACUGUUCCAGGUUGGAACAGAAGAGGCUCAGAAGCCAGCUCUGAAACAGGCAGACCUAGCAAAAGGAAGAUACGGGGAUCAGACACCGGAGUGUUUCAGAAGUCACUCGGGAAGAUAAGUCCAGGGUGCUGGCUGCAGCCACCUGCAUUCAAAGCUUGGACCCGCGGGUUCUUCUUCAGGAGGUAAAUUUCACUUGGAAAAAAAAAAAAAAAGACAAGACUUUUCUAAUGCGGUCCAAACGCCUGUCCCCGGUCAGACGGGCUCCGGAAGCAGCGAGCUCCCUGUCUCUGGAGGCAUUCAAGAAAAGGCUGGGCUGGGAGUGGUGGCUCACCCCUGUAAUCCCAGCACUUUGGGAGGCUGAGGUGGGCAGAUCACCUGAAGUCAAGAGUUCGAGACCACCCUGGCCAACGUGGUGAAACCUCAUCUCUACUAAAAAUACAAAAAUUAGCCGGGCGUGGUGGCAAGUGCCUGUGAUCUCAACUACUUGGGAGACUGAGGCACAAGAGUCACUUAAACCUGAGAGGUGGAGGUUGCAGUGAGCCAAGAUCAUGCCAUCGCACUCCAGCCUGGAGGACAGAGCAAGACUCUGUCUCAAAACAAAACGAAACAAAAAUAGGCCGGCCGUGGUGACUCACACCUGUAAUCCCAGCACUUUGGGAGGCUGAGGUGAGUGGAUCACCUGAGGUCAGGAGUUCGAGACCAGCCUGGCCAACAUGGUGAAACCCUGUCUCUACUAAAAAUACAAAAAUUAGCCGGGUGUGGUGGUGCGCGCCUGUAAUCCCAGCUACCUGGGAGGCUGAGGCAGAAUUGCUUGAACCCAGGAGGCACCGGUUGUGGUGAGCCAAAGUCAUGCCACUGCUCUCCAGCCUGGGUGACAAGAGGGAAACUCUGUCCCAAAAAAGAAAAGAAAAGGCUGGACGGUGUUUGCAGAGUUGCUGACGAGGCUCCCUCUAAUCCUAGGCGUCUUCCCGUCUAUCAAUCUGAGCAGACGUCGAGUAAAAGGGCACAUUCUCCAGGCCCUCCUUCCUGCCUGAGAGUCCAGGCUGGGCCAACCGGACCCACAGUGAACUGAGCCUCCGUGAAAGCGUCCAGUGCAUCUUGACCUGGGACAGCAAAGAAGUGCAUUUUGGGUUAUUCCAGUGAUGGAUGGGACGGACCUGGUGGCAUUCAGUGCUGAGGGGCAGCGAUGCAGAAAGACUUGUCCCAUGGGACAGGGUCCUAUGCCAGCAGCUCCUGUCGAGAGCGGGCGUAGGCCUGCAGCUUGCCGUGAAGCCACUGGCUGUGACGGGACCUCUCUGGGUCUCAGCAUUGCCCUGGGGAGGCUGGGACAUGGUAGGGACGUGGUAGGGUUUUAUCAUUUGCGUUUCCCAAAUGUCAAGUCUCAGCAGGGCGAGGGGGCUCACGCCUGUCAUCCCAGCACUGUGGGAGGCUGAGGCGUGUGGAUCACCUGAGGUCAGGAGUUCGAAAACAGCCUGGCCAACGUGGCGAAACCCCGUCUCUACUAAAAAUACAAAAAUUAGCCAGGUGUGGUGGUACGUGCCUGCAGUCCCAGCUACUCUGCAGGCUGAGGCAGGAGAAUUGCUUGAACCCAGGAGGUGGAGGUUGCAUUGAGCAGAGACUGCGCCACUGCACUCCAGCCUGGGCGACAGGGCAAGACUCCGACUCAAAACAAACAAACAAACAAAAAACAGUGACAGAAGCCUGAUUGUCAGACUGCCCUGAGGGGAGAGGCUCCAGCAGAUCGAUGCCAGCCAGGCCCGGCUGCCACGAUUUGUCCCCGGUGACCCAAGGCAUGUGACUUCCGCAUGAACCCUUCCCCCCUCCGCAGUGACUGGAACUCCCGGACCUCCAUCUUCAUGGAAGACUGGGGCCUCUUCCAAGUCACAGACAGGAGACAGGGACAGGAAGGAACUCGUUCCACCCGAUCAGAAAACGAAUCAUCCAGUGUCUACGGCAGCAACCAAGUGACAAGGGAGGCCCAGCUGACCCGGAAGGCGCCUGCCGGCUGAACAUUCUGCCCCCACCAGAAACUCUGGGGGACCGCCCAUUAGGCUGUGGCCCACCCACCCCUUUGGAUCACCAGCAGUCACAGACAACAGGCAGGCGAAACUGAAGACCCCAACCCAGUCCCAGUGGACCCUCCAGAGCAAAAGAGGCCCCCCGGUGAGGCCAGCUGUUGGCAGGCGUGAUGAGGCUCGAACACCCGGGGCCGCCGUUCCCAGCUGGGCGGCAGCCCCCACCCCAUUCACAGAUCAGCUUGGCGAUGGAUUUGUAUCAGGGUGGGGGCCGUGGUUUUGGCCAAAAUGCAACGGACCCUGACCCUCCUCGUAAAAGGACGUUGGAUUUUCCUCUGGUGACACAUGGGAUGCAUCGUAAACCCUCCCCAAGCGCGGUCAGCACGCCCGUCCCUCCGACGACGACGAGUUUUGUGGUUUUUCAGAACAGAAAUGAGAUUAGGAUUGGGAUUGAUGACUGUCGUGAUGGGAACACAUCGUCUCCAUGAGCUUUGGGGGAAUUUUUAUGUGGAAUAAAUAAACCAUCAUCGAGAA